AUGACAGCGAUUGCGGCAAAGGAUGGAGAAAAAUACGAGAGUAUAAUUGUUUCCAAAGGUGAAUAUCCGUUUGUGGUGAUUGUCCAAUCAAUGAUACUCUACUUUUACUGCUUGGGUUCGAUCGUGACCAAGGAACACAUCAUGACAACGUGCAGUUGUUUCGUGUACUUUGAAGACGGAUACGUACAUGAGUUUGAGCCGCAAAUGUUCAGGGUAGUCUCCGGUAAAAGGACAUUUGAGUCGAGUCCUCUCCAAGAUGACGGAGCGAUACAAUUCAUCUAUUAUCAUAAUCUUUUUUCCAUGAUUUUCAACGUGGUACUGCAAGCCGGAUACGCCCAUGACAUCUGCAUCAUCAAAUUGAAGACAUCUUUACAAUUCACCGAUGAAAUUAAGCCGUUAACUACCGUUUCAUCGGAUCUCAAGGAGGUGUGGGCGAAGAUCCAGUCCCUUAGCGCGGAAGGAGCAACGUGCCUGGCUUUUGGCUUUGGCUAUAAGCAUGUCCUCAACGCGAAACUUCCUCAUGGUGAUAACAGGUUGAGAAAAGCCUACGUGGUGUUGCUUAAAGACUGCAGCCCGUACGUGCCUCUCAAUAGAGAUGAAGAUUUCAAGUUUUUAUUGUGUGGCCGGGUGAGCAGUAAUUUCACAUUUGACGUCGGAAGCCCUUUAAUUUGCGGAAAGAACGUGCAUGCCGUUUUCUUCGAGACCAGGCAGGAAGUCUCAUUAUUUGUCAGUAUGGCAGAUUUUCCAGACUUUUCGAAGUUGAAUUCAGCAGAUCGUCUCUUUUCGAAGGUUCAGGUUCUCAUUGCAGGAAUAACGACCGUUGUCGUUUUACUGGGAGUUUACGCGUACUAA